AUGAGGAACUCAUUUGUCUCUUUUCCGAACAAAGCUGCAGAGAUGAGCACUUCUGAAGGACUCAAAAGUACCAAGGUCGUAGUGGUAGGUUCAGGCUUUGCAGGUUUGGCUGCUGCAGUGACGUUGGUCAAGGCGGGAUUUCAUAAUGUCCUGGUUGUUGAGGCAAAGGAUAGAAUUGGAGGGAGAGUGCACACCACUAAACCGUUCACUGAGAAUAUCAUUGAAGUUGGCGCUAACUGGAUUCAUGGACAGAAAGGAAACCCCCUUUUCCAACUUGCAAAAGAACAGAACCUGCUCUCGGAGGGGCCAUCAGCAAGCAAGUUCAUGUGCCUGACUCAUUCGGUAACCCCUCGAGAUUACUUUUUUAAAGAAGAUGGAAAGCAGGUUUCCACAACGAUUGUAGAUCCAGUCUGUUCGCAGUUCAGCAAGCUCACCGCCAAAGCUUUUGAUGAUGCUCUUGAAUGCAGGCACAGAGAGCUAACUCUAGGAGGUUAUCUGGAUGAUGCCUUUGGUGAGUCGGCUUUAGCAGCGACAAAGGAUUGCCAAAUUGUUUUUGAAUGGUGCAAAAGAACUGAAUGUACAGAUGAAGCCUGCUCUUCUCUAUAUGAGGUGUCUGCUUCGCAGAUUAGUUAUUACACUGCCUUAGAGGGAGGUUUCUUUAACACUUUGGGACCGGGUGGCUAUCAAGCAAUCUUAGAUGUUCUCCUAAAAGAUCUUCCUGCAGGAACUGUCAAGUGUAGUGCACCGGUGAAGAGCAUCCAGUGGGAUUUGAUUAAAAAAGGGAAGCAUGAAGGCCAGAAUUAUCCUGUUCGGAUCAUCUGUGAAAAUGGACAGAGUUUUGAAGCAGACCAUGUGAUUGUCACUGUAUCUUUGGGGGUCCUCAAAGACAAAGCAACAACCAUGUUUGAGCCAUCUCUACCAAAAACCAAACUCGCCGCAAUUGAGAAUCUCGGCUUUGGGAUAGUGGACAAAAUCUUCCUGUAUUUUGAGGAAAGGUUUUGGCCAGAAGACUGCACUGGGGUUCAGCUGGUGUGGGAUGAGGGCCCUGAAGAUAAAGACGUUUAUCAGUCUCUGCAAGAAGGAGAAGCCUGGAAAAAGUUGUGGUUCAAGAAAAUCACUGGUUUUGAUACGGUGGCACGUCACCCCACAGCCCUGUGUGGCUGGAUCACUGGUAGAGAAGCAUUAUAUAUGGAGACGCUUCAGGACAGUGAAGUUGGAGCUAUCUGUGUGAGGUUGCUCAGGUCUUUCACAGGCUGGUCGGUAUCAGAGGUCUCAAAGACGCUGAUAUCAAGAUGGGGUCAUGAUUACCAUGUCGGUGGCUCCUAUACAUUUAUUCCUCAUGGUGUUGAUGGAGAGAAAGCACACAAGGCAUUGGCGUCACCUCUUCCCCCUAAAGCUAAAAGCAGAGGGAGGAAGGAUCUACAGGUGUUGUUUGCUGGUGAAGCUACACAUGUGAACUUCUACACCACUACUCAUGGAGCUUACCUCACCGGGGUCAGAGAAGCGCAAAGACUCAUAAGCCAUUACUCUGGUUGA